UUUAGCUGCCGGAACAGUCGUCAAGUGAACGCGUAGCUGCUCGGAGCUAAAUAAUUCUUUCUCAGUCGCGCUAUGCCGAUGUCUUGUGCUAUGGUUAAGCUGCAGGCCAUUGUGGUCGUGUCGGUGCUUGUUUGUGCCAGUCCUCUGUUGCUGCUGGCUGCGUUGAUCCACCAAACAGGCGAAAUCCUAAUGAGAUCCUUUUGCAAGAACACAACAAGUCUGAAAGGCGAGGUGGCUUUGAUAACUGGAGCUGCUCAUGGACUUGGACGCUCUAUAGCACUGGAACUGGCUAAGCUGGGCUGUCAUAUAGCCAUAGCCGAUAUUGAUUUGAAGGGCGCUGAAGAAACGGUUCGUCAAAUCAAUGAGACUUUCCCGGUGCGCAGCAAGGCGUAUAAGGUAAAUGUGGCCAGCUAUAGCGAACUGAGUGAAUUGAGAACAAAUAUACUGAGAGACCUCGGACCGGUGACCAUACUGAUCAAUAAUGCUGGAGUUCUAUUGCUUAAGAAUCCCAUGGAUCCCGACCCCAAGGAUGUUCAGCGCAUGAUCGAUGUCAACUUCACAUCUCAUUUUUUGACAAAAAGUUUGUUUUUGCCUAAAAUGAAAGAACUGAACAAAGGGCAUAUUGUUGGCAUAAGUUCCUACAGCAGCAUCUUGCCGUUACCCUAUAACAGUGUUUAUAGCGCCUCCAAAUUUGGGGUCACAGGUCACAUGAGGGCGCUGCGCUUGGAGCUGGCCUAUGAGAGGCGUGAAAACAUUCAUGUGUGCGCGGUUAUGCCCUGGUUCCUACAGACAAAUGACGAUGUCUGCGAAUUGGAUAAAAGUGUCAACUUUAGCGAUUUCUAUCCACUCAUCAGCGGCGCCGAUGCCGCCCGGCGCAUAGUUCAAGGCAUUCAAAAUGGCGAGCGUGAAAUAAUUCUGCCCGAGUUCACCUCCAUCGUCUAUCGUCUAAUUUAUCUCUUUCCGGUCAGCUGGCAGGAGAAAAUGCUUCUCUUAUUUUCCAGAAGACAAAUUGAUCAGAUGGUUCAAAUAAUUAAAACCUAAGCUUCCCCUUUUGAUUUUCGU